AUGUCGCUACCGGUCAUCUUGGGCCAUCACAAGGACACCAUAUUAACGGACGACAGGCGCGUUCAGGAAUGGAGAAGGGCACUCGCACAGUCGGUUGUUGUGCAGAUUUGCUCGCCGCGGCCAGAUGCAGAUGCAGUCAGAGUACAUACCACUGCAGCACAGUACAGCUUAUCUACAAGAGCGGAGUCGCAGCGGGCAGUCGGGACCAGCUUCGAAACAUUGGAAGCUCAGGCAAGGGAGAACGGCGAGGGUCUGGUGGGGAUGAUGUCUCGGCCGGAACAGCGCCAGAUCCACGGCGCGGCAAUGCCACGCAUAUGUACAGUAUGUAUGUUCUCGGACAUGGGAGUUCUGCUGGUACGUACAGCGUGGACGGAUGCAGAGCCGCAGCGAUACUGUAUACAUACCGAGAGACGGUACGGUAUUCUACUGAAGCUUCCGCGCGUGAUCUUCUUGGUUUCGAGGCAAUUGUCAUCGCGCCAUGGCAUGGCCCAGCACGCAAACAUACCGCGCCAUCGCGACAGAGCGGACGAGCGCAUUGCCUUGUAUUGUAAGGCGUCAAGAAGUAGAGGCAGCGGAGAAGGCUUAUCGCGAUGGAUAGCAGAAGCAAACUACUGUCUGUAUCAUGCUCCAUCACCUCCCAGGCCUCCGUGA